AUGUCGCAGCCCUCGGUAUAUAAACCGGCCGGGGAAGAGCUGCUCCCACUGCCCUCCUCUUCCUCCUCUUCCUCAGGUCGUCGUUAUUUGUUGUUUCUUCGCAGCAAGAAGAUGAAUUCGAGCCGCCGGCAUCACCUCAAGAGUUUGAUGCUUCAGAUCGCGGCGAAGUGGAUUCAAGAAGAGAAGAAGGAGAUCGUAGCGGCCAAGCAGGCGUACAUGGCGGAGAACUGUCCACCCCCCAACCGGAGCGGGGACCAGGCCGCCCUCAUGGAAACCUGUAAAAAGAUCGCCGCUCUCCUCGACAAAGUGGAUGAAGAACGGUACGACAUGCAGUCCAAAGUGGGCAAAGCCGACAAAGAGAUUGAAGACCUGAAGAUCAAAGUGGUGGACCUGGCUGGAGUGAAGAAGCCGGCCCUGAAGAGAGUCCGCAUGUCGGCCGACGCCAUGUUGAAGGCUCUGCUGGGCUCCAAGCACACGGUCAACAUGGACCUGAGGGCCAACCUGAAGCAGGUCAAGAAGGAGGUCAAGGAGGAGCCGAUUGAAGCCGCUGGCGACUGGCGUAAGAACAUCGAGGACAAGGCCGACAGGAAGAAGAUGUUCGAGACUUCCUAGAGACCUCCUAGAGACUUCCUGGAGACUUCCUAGAGACCUUCUAGAGACUUCCUGGA